AUGUUGACAACAGAUGAUUUGGUAGAGAAUGUUACAACUCCUUCGGUGCCUAUCAGAACAGCUGGUGGAAAUACGCAUGUCAUGAUUGAGGAGGACUCUAUAACUUCAUCUGUUCAAUACUGCUGUGAUGGCUGCUCCACUGUCCCUAUACUGAGAAGGAGGUGGCAUUGUACAGUGUGUCCGGAUUUUGAUUUAUGUGAGGCAUGCUAUGAAGUGUUAGAUGCAGAUCGUCUACCACCACCACACACUCGGGAUCAUCCCAUGACAGCAAUUCCAAUAGAAGUGGAAUCACUUGGUGCAGACACCAAUGAGAUUCAGUUCUCUACAGAUGAAAUUAAUAUAUUACCGGCGAUAACCAGUAGCGUCCCACAAGCUUCAACUCCCUCAAUCCAUGUCUUGGAACCUGGUGAAUCUGCUGAGUUUUCUGCCUCAGUGACCGAUCCUGUUUCUAUCUCAGCGUCAAUGCGAGCCGUAAAUUCUUUAAUUCUCUCUGAGCUUCUCCAAGAGUUGAGUGGAUGGAUGGAGACAGCAUCCGGUGUUCAUGCUAUACCUGUCAUGCAAUUGUUCUACAGAUUAUCAUCUGCCAUUGGUGGAGCCUUCAUGGAUAGCUCAAAGCCCGAAGAAAUAAGCUUGGAAAAGUUAGUUAAAUGGCUUUUGGGUGAAAUCAAUCUAAGCAAGCCGUUUGCUGCUUCAACUCGCUCUUCCUUUGGGGAAAUUGUGAUUCUUGUGUUUAUGUUUUUCACCUUGAUGCUUCGGAGUUGGCACCAGCCUGGCAGUGAUAGUAUAAGUUCCAGAUCAGGUGGAAGUACAGAUGUACAUGAUCGGAGGAAUGUCCAGAGCUCCAGCGUAGGUUCGUCUCAGUCUUCUUUAGAUGUUCAAGAGAGAGAUGACUUUGCAUCUCAGCUAAUUCGAGCAUGCAGUUGCCUCAGGAACCAAGAGUUUGUUAAUUAUCUGAUGAACAUACUUCAGCAGCUAGUGCAUGUAUUCAAGUCCCGUGCUGCCAAUGUUGAAGCACGUGGAUCAAGCUCUGGUUCUGGUUGUGGGGCCAUGCUCACAGUCAGAAGAGAUUUACCUGCGGGUAACUAUUCCCCCUUCUUUUCGGAUUCAUAUGCCAAAGCCCAUCGAGCAGAUAUAUUUGUGGACUAUCACAGGCUGUUACUUGAGAAUGUGUUUCGCUUAGUUUACACAUUGGUUAGACCUGAAAAGCAAGAGAAAAUGGGGGAAAAGGAAAGGGUUUACAGGCAUGCUUCUUCUAAAGAUUUGAAGUUGGACGGUUUCCAGGAUGUUCUGUGCAGCUAUAUUAAUAACCCUCAUACGGCUUUUGUUAGGAGAUAUGCUAGAAGGCUGUUUUUGCAUCUUUGCGGAAGCAAAACUCAGUACUACAGUGUCCGAGAUUCAUGGCAGUUUUCCAAUGAAGUGAAAAACCUGUACAAGCAUGUUGAAAAGUCUGGUGGUUUUGAAAACAAUGUUUCAUAUGAAAGGAGUGUAAAAAUUGUGAAGUCGCUUUCUACAAUUGCUGAAGUUGCUUUAGCACGGCCUCGGAACUGGCAGAAGUACUGUCUCAGGCAUGGAGAUUUUCUGUCUUUCCUACUGAAUGGCGUAUUCCAUUUUGCGGAAGAGUCUGUUAUCCAGACACUUAAACUCCUCAAUUUAGCCUUUUAUCAAGGAAAAGAUGUGAGCAGUUCAGUGCAGAAAGCUGAAGCAAGUGAUGUUGUGACAGGCUCAAACCGAUCAGGAUCUCAGGCCGUGGAUUCAAAAAAGAAGAAAAAAGGUGAAGAUGGGCAUGAUUCUGGUUUGGACAAAUCAUAUGUGGAUAUGGAAGGGGUGGUAGAUAUCUUCAGUGCCAAGGGCGGAGAUCUCUUGAGGCAGUUUAUUGAUUUCUUUCUGCUGGAGUGGAAUUCGAGCACUGUUCGCACUGAAGCAAAGUCUGUUAUUUAUGGCUUGUGGCAUCAUGGAAGACAAUCCUUCAAAGAAAGUCUGUUAGCAGCUCUUUUGCAGAAGGUUAGAGACCUGCCAGUAUAUGGUCAGAAUAUUGUUGAGUACACAGAACUUGUCUCGUUGUUGCUCGGCAAGGCUCCAGAGAACAACUCGAAGCAAGCAAUUAACGAGCUUGUGGAUCGUUGCCUGAACCCUGAUGUGAUAAGGUGCAUUUUUGAGACACUGCAUUCUCAGAACGAACUCAUUGCCAACCAUCCAAACUCUCGUAUAUACAACACUCUGAGUAAUCUUGUGGAAUUUGAUGGUUAUUAUCUUGAGAGCGAACCUUGUGUGGCGUGUAGCUCUCCUGAUGUGCCUUACAGCAAAAUGAAGCUUGAAAGUUUGAAAUCUGAGACAAAGUUUACCGAUAACCGCAUCAUCGUGAAAUGUACUGGGAGUUAUACGAUACAGUCCGUGACCAUGAAUGUCCAUGAUGCACGGAAGUCCAAGUCAGUGAAGGUCCUAAACUUGUAUUACAACAAUCGCCCUGUCUCGGAUUUAUCAGAGCUUAAAAACAACUGGUCACUGUGGAAGCGUGCCAAGAGUUGCCAUCUGUCCUUUAACCAAACUGAACUGAAGGUGGAAUUUCCUAUUCCUAUUACUGCUUGUAACUUCAUGAUCGAGUUGGAUUCCUUCUAUGAGAAUCUUCAGGCGUUAUCUCUUGAACCAUUACAAUGCCCUCGAUGCAGUCGACCAGUUACUGAUAAACAUGGUAUUUGCAGCAACUGCCAUGAGAAUGCUUAUCAGUGCAGGCAAUGCCGCAACAUUAACUAUGAAAAUUUGGAUUCUUUCCUUUGCAACGAGUGUGGUUAUAGCAAGUAUGGGAGGUUUGAGUUUAAUUUCAUGGCAAAACCAAGCUUCAUAUUUGAUAAUAUGGAAAACGACGAAGAUAUGAAGAGGGGAUUGGCUGCUAUAGAGUCUGAGUCUGAAAACGCUCACAGGAGAUAUCAGCAACUCUUGGGCUUCAAGAAGCCGCUUCUGAAGAUAGUAUCAAGCAUUGGUGAAACUGAAAUGGAUUCACAGCACAAGGAUACUGUUCAGCAAAUGAUGGCGUCUCUGCCUGGUCCCUCAUGCAAGAUUAACCGCAAAAUCGCACUUUUGGGUGUACUGUAUGGUGAGAAGUGCAAAGCUGCUUUUGAUUCUGUCAGCAAAAGUGUACAGACGCUACAGGGACUUCGCCGAGUUUUGAUGAGUUACCUCCAUCAGAAAAAUUCAAAUUUUUCAUCUGGUGCCUCAAGAUGUGUGGUCUCAAAGACCCCAAACAAUUGUUAUGGUUGUGCCACUACAUUUGUCACUCAAUGUCUUGAGAUUCUUCAAGUGCUGUCGAAGCAUCCAAGAUCGAGUAAGCAACUUGUUGCAGCUGGAAUCUUGUCUGAGUUGUUUGAAAAUAAUAUUCACCAAGGUCCGAAAACCGCACGUUCUCAAGCUAGGGCAGCUCUAGGGACUUUCUCGGAGGGUGAUCUGAAUGCAGUGAGUGAGUUAAACAACCUGGUACAGAAGAAAAUAACGUACUGCCUUGAACAUCAUCGUUCCAUGGACAUUGCACUCGCCACUCGUGAAGAGAUGCUGUUGCUUUCAGAAGUUUGCUCUCUCACUGAUGAAUUCUGGGAGGCAAGGCUGCGCCUUGUUUUUCAGCUAUUAUUUGCUUCCAUUAAAUUGGGUGCUAAACAUCCUGCGAUAUCAGAGCACAUAAUUCUUCCUUGCCUUAAGAUUAUUUCUGUGGCAUGUACACCUCCAAAACCAGAUACGACAGAGAAAGAUCUAACGAUGGGAAAAACUGCUCUUGCAGUGCAAGAAAAGGACGAGAAUGCUGCUGGCAUCUUGAAGUAUUCGUCAGAAACCGAAGAAAAUAACUCGAAUGUGUCUCAGAAGACGCGAGGUAUCCAGCUUGUGAGUUAUUUGGAAUGGGAGAAAGGGGCAUCAUAUGUCGACUUUGUGAGGAGGCAAUACAAAGCCUCUCAGUCAAUUAGAGGUGCUAGCCAAAAGUCUAGAACCCACAGAUCAGAUUUCCUGGCACUUAAAUAUACUCUUAGGUGGAAGCGACGCUCUAGCAGGGCAUCUAAAGGUGGUUUACAGGCAUUUGAGCUCGGGUCUUGGGUCACAGAGCUAAUUCUUAGUGCAUGUUCUCAAUCUAUCAGGUCAGAGAUGUGCACGCUGAUUAGUUUACUCUCUGCCCAAAGCUCACCUAGGCGCGACAGGCUGAUCAAUUUGCUGAUAGGCUUGCUUCCUGCUACGCUUGCAGCUGGUGAAAGCAGCGCAGAAUACUUUGAGCUACUCUUUAAAAUGAUCGAGACACAAGAUGCACUUCUGUUCUUAACUGUUCGGGGUUGUCUGACAACUAUCUGUAAAUUGAUCUCCCAAGAGGUAGGAAACAUUGAAUCUCUAGAAAGGAGUCUUCAGAUAGACAUUUCACAGGGAUUUACCCUCCACAAGCUCUUAGAACUCCUUGGAAAGUUCUUAGAGGUUCCAAAUAUUCGAUCCAGGUAA